AUGGAUCAGUAUGUGUUUGUGUUAGCUGAUUCACCAGUGAGGUUGGUGAACUCUGCCGAUCGCUGUUCUGGUAGAGUGGAGAUCUUCCACCGUGGACAGUGGGGGACAGUGUGUGACGAUGCCUGGGACCUGAAGGAUGCCAGCGUUGUGUGUAGGCAGCUGGGCUGUGGCUCAGCUCGUUCAGCACUACAAAAUGCAGCUUUUGGGCAGGGCAGCGGACCCAUCUGGAUGGACGAUGUCAGUUGUUAUGGCAACGAACCAUCAUUAAAAGUUUGCAGCCACCGAGGGUUUGGAUCUCACAACUGUGGUCACCAUGAGGAUGCUGGUGUCGUCUGUGAAGCUGAUUCACCAGUGAGGCUGGUCAAUUCUGCCGAUCGCUGCUCUGGUAGAGUGGAGGUCUACCAUAAUGGACAAUGGGGGACAGUGUGUGACGAUAGCUGGGACCUAAAUGAUGCCAAUGUGGUGUGUAGGCAGCUGGGCUGUGGUCCUGCUCGUUCAGCACUACAAGCUGCAGCUUAUGGACCGGGCAGUGGACCCAUCUGGUUGGACGAUGUCAGUUGUUUUGGAAACGAACCAUCAGUAACAGACUGCAGACAUCCAGGGUUUGGGGUCCACAACUGUGGUCACAGUGAAGACGCCAGCGUCAUCUGUGAAGUUCCCCAGCGACAGACACAUCCCAGUGGUCAGGCUGUCAAUGCAUCUAGCCAGAAUCCUUCAAGUCACAAGGAGUCAAACCCCCAAAAACCCCUGAAAUAACCUAUGUCAUGGGAAUUGCUGUAAUUAAUAUGAUUAUGUGAUUGUAGCUCAUGCUGUUGUAAACUGUAAUGAUAUUGGGUAUGGAUAAAGUGCUGGAGAAACAUUUGGCUUCUCUGUGCCUCUGUGUCCAUAGAAAUGUGGAUUUAUUGCAUAAUUGUUGCCAGGUAAGCACUGCAAGGCAGGAGGCAAGAGAAGAACUUUGCUUACAGACAGUACAGGAA